UGGUAUAUGUGUACCAGUUUAAAGGAAAAUGGGUCUUUGACAUUAUUCUUAAAUAGACAUAAAACAAUCAGAAACAAUCAAAACUGAAAGGGUUAGCUUCCUAAUUAGAUCUCAUGUAUUUCAGACUAGAAUUGGUACAAUUCAGAAUUUAGCAUGAGGAUUCUAAAACAGCACAGUUCCUCUGGUUCUUAUCUCGCCUUCUUGAAAAAUUGUUCAAACUCCAUUUUCUAAGAGGACUAAAAAAGAAAGAGAAAGUCAUAAGGCAUCUGCUCAUCUCCAUAAAAGGGGCCAUCUUCACAUGAUGAUUAAGUGAAAGAGGCAUAACAGCAGAAACGUCUUAUCAUCCAAUGAAUGCUCCAUACAUGUCAGCUGAUUACCAAGCAGAAGAAUAAAUAUGACAGGGACCAACUGCUGCAAAGCAAAAGAAACAUGAAGUCACUAUUGAUUGUAGACUUGAUCAUCAUCACUUUUGUUCUCAGUUCUGCUCGACGAUUCGACAGUGCCAAAGUGUUUCGUGUAAAACCUCAGAAUGAAAAGCAAGUGAACUUCAUGAGGAAUUUGGCAACUGUCAUACAGCCAAUUGACUUUUGGUAUCCAGACUCAGCAUUACAAAUAGUCAACCAGAUGGAAGUGGAUUUUCUUGUCAGUGCUGAUCAGACAGAAAAUGUGGAGGCUCUCUUGAAGGACAAUAACAUCCACUAUGAGAUUUUAUUUCAAAAUCUGCAAGAAGAUAUUGAUAAACAACUUGACAACAAAAGAAACUCUACAUGCAAACACAGCUAUACAAAAUAUAACAACUGGCCUCAGAUUUAUUCAUGGAUUACAAGAAUUGCAAGGAAGAACCCUGAGUUGGUUUCCCGCAUCAAAAUUGGAAACACUUUUGAAAAUCGCCCCAUCUACCUCCUUAAGAUUGGGAAACAAAGGGAUGCAAAAAAGGCCAUUUUUGUGGAUUGUGGAAUUCAUGCACGAGAGUGGAUUUCACCAGCUUUUUGCCAAUGGUUUGUGAAAGAGGCCAUCAGGACCUAUGGAAAGGACAGCAGCAUGAAGAACAUACUGGACAAUAUGAAUUUCUACAUUGUUCCUCUAGUCAACAUUGAUGGUUAUGUAUGGAGUUGGACUCAGGAUCGCUUUUGGAGAAAGAAUCGCUCCAACGCGUCCAGCAAUGCCUGCGUUGGUGUUGAUCUCAACAGAAACUUUGAUGUUUUAUGGGGCACUGUUGAUGCCUCCAAGAAUCCAUGUGAAGAAGUGUACUGUGGAUCAUCACCAGAGUCUGAACCAGAAACUAAAGCAGUUACAACAUUCAUCCACAGCCACCUGUCUUCAAUCAAGGCCUAUUUGACUAUUCAUUCCUACUCUCAGAUGGUGUUGUUCCCCUACGGCUAUACUUAUGACAAAGUACCUAACUAUAAUACACUGAAUGGACUUGCAAAGGGAGCUGCUAAAGCUAUAGCUAGCCUGUAUGGCAAAAAGUAUAAAUAUGGAGCUUCAGCGUCUACAAUUUAUCCUUCUUCUGGUUGUUCUGAUGACUGGGCUUAUGAGCAAGGAAUCAAAUACUCCUUCACCUUUGAGCUUCGUGACAAGGGCAAAUAUGGGUUUCUCCUCCCUGAAUCUGAGAUCAAGGAAACAUGCCAAGAAAUCAUGCUGGCAGUGAAAUUCCUUGCCAACUAUAUCCUGAAUCAGACUUAAUGCAGACUAGCGCUUUCUGAUGUAUUGCAGUGGCUUGAACAUAAAAUAAAUGCAUAUAUCACAACAA